GCUGCGCGGAUCCGGCAGGAAGAGAAGACCCACCGGCUGCCGCCGCCCCGACGCCAGCCAUGCGGGGCCUCCUGCUCCUCGCCUUGGCCGCUUGCGCGCCAGCGGUCGGCCAGGGGCUAGGGGCGUCCGGAACCCCCGGGCUGGAUCUGGCGCCGCCCACGACCACCGGAGCCACAGGCUCGACCCCCGCCCCUCGGAGCAGCCCGGUGCCGCCGCCGACGGAGAAGGCUAACGGGACCCUAGACCAGCACAUCCGGAUUCGAGUCAUCAAAAAGAAGGUCGUGGUGAAGAAGCGAAAGAAACCAACUCGUCCCAGACACCCAGUGACUACCAGACCUUCUGGGACUGCCAGGCCUGCAGUGACCCUCCCCUCUCUUGGGAAGCCAGAACCAGGUUGUCCCCCAUUAGGUCUGGAGUCCCUGCGAGUUUCAGACAGCCAGCUCGAGGCAUCCAGCAGCCAAUCAUUUGGUCUUGGACCACACCGAGGACGGCUUAACAUCCAGUCUGGCCUGGAGGAUGGUGAUCUCUACGACGGGGCUUGGUGUGCCGAGCAGCAGGACAGUGAGCCAUGGCUUCAGGUGGAUGCCAAGACCCUCAGCCGCUUCUCUGGCGUCAUCACACAGGGCAGGAACUCUGUGUGGAGGUAUGACUGGGUCACAUCGUACAAGGUCCAGUUCAGCAACGACAGUCGUACCUGGUGGGCGAGCAAGAACCACAGCAGUGGGAUGGACGCGGUGUUUCCUGCCAAUUCAGACCCCGAAACUCCUGUACUGAACCUCCUUCCUGAGCCUCAGGUGGCUCGCUUCAUUCGUCUGCUGCCCCAGACCUGGCUCCAGGAAGGCUCACCUUGCCUCCGGGCAGAGAUCCUGGCCUGCCCAGUGUCAGACCCGAACAACUUACUCCCUGAGGCCCCUGCUGCGGUAUCCACCGAUCUGCUGGAUUUCCGGCAUCACGAUUACAAGGCCAUGAGGAAGCUCAUGAAGCAGGUGAACGAACAAUGUCCCAACAUCACGCGCAUCUACAGUAUCGGGAAGAGCCACCAGGGCCUGAAGCUGUAUGUGAUGGAGAUGUCAGACCAGCCUGGGGAACAUGAGCUGGGAGAGCCUGAGGUACGCUACGUGGCCGGCAUGCACGGGAAUGAGGCCCUGGGACGGGAGCUGCUCCUGCUACUGAUGCAGUUCUUGUGCCAGGAGUACCUACGGGGCGACCCUCGAGUGACCCGGCUGCUCACCGAGACACGCAUCCACUUGCUGCCUUCCAUGAACCCUGAUGGCUAUGAGACUGCCUACCGCCGGGGCUCGGAGCUGGUGGGCUGGGCAGAGGGCCGCUGGACCUACCAGGGCAUUGAUCUUAACCACAACUUCGCUGACCUCAACACCCCAUUGUGGGAAGCAGAGGAUGAUGGGCUGGUACCCCAUACCGUCCCCAAUCAUCACCUACCACUGCCUACUUACUACACCCUGCCCAAUGCCACUGUGGCUCCUGAGACAUGGGCAGUUAUUGACUGGAUGAAGCGGAUCCCCUUUGUGCUCAGUGCCAACCUGCAUGGGGGUGAGCUUGUGGUGUCCUACCCAUUUGACAUGACUCGGACCCCAUGGGCUGCCCGUGAACUCACACCCACAGCAGACGAUGCUGUCUUCCGCUGGCUCAGCACCGUGUAUGCUGGUACCAACCGGGUCAUGCAGGACACAGAUCGCCGGCCCUGCCACAGCCAGGACUUUACCCUGCAUGGCAACGUCAUCAAUGGCGCCGACUGGCACACAGUGCCUGGGAGCAUGAAUGACUUCAGCUACCUACACACCAACUGCUUUGAGGUCACCGUGGAGCUGUCCUGUGACAAGUUCCCUCAUGAGAACGAGCUGCCACAAGAGUGGGAGAACAAUAAAGACGCCCUCCUCACCUACCUGGAGCAGGUGCGCAUGGGCAUUGCGGGCAUUGUGCGGGACAAGGACACAGAGCUCGGGAUCGCGGAUGCAGUCAUCUCUGUGGACGGAAUCAACCAUGACGUCACCACGGCGUGGGGCGGAGAUUACUGGCGCUUGCUGACCCCAGGGGACUAUAUGGUGACUGCCAGUGCUGAGGGCUACCACUCCGUGACCCGCAGCUGCCGGGUCACCUUUGAAGAGGGCCCUGUUCCCUGUAAUUUCCAGCUUACCAAGACCCCCAAACAGAGACUGCGAGAGCUGCUGGCAGCAGGGGCUAAGCUGCCCCCGGACCUGCGCAGGCGCCUGGAGCGGCUGAGAGGACGCAGGAGAACUGAGAGCUCGGGCUGAAAGCGCCCCAGGACUUUGGGCAGGCUGGACCUGCCGGAACUGAAAUGGAACAGAGGGGGACAAAUCUGGGGAAGCGGGGUGCUCAGGCUCAUUAAAGCUACUUGGCGCCUG